UAUUUAUUUGAAAGACAACGAUUGUAAUUUUAAAUCUAAUAUUAGAUCUUUUAUUGAAUUGUGACAUUUUGAAAUAAAUAAUUUAUCAUAUUCAUUUAUAUUUUAGAUAAAAAUCAUGUAAUAUUAGUUAUUUAUAUGUGUACGAGAUCUGAUCAAUAUAAAUAAAAAAAAAUCUAGAAUUAUUCACAUGUCUCUAGAGAAUUUUAACUUUUGUUUUUAUUACUAACUUUAAAUAUUUUUUUUUCUUUUCUGAUCUUUCACCAUAAUAGAACUGACAACAUCAAUCAACAGUACAACGAUUAUGACGAAGUCUAUUUCAUCAUUACUUAUUAUUCUUAUCAUCUUCCUCCUAACAGCUAUUGUUGAAGUAACUCCUAAUGCACAUUUUGUUCGAUCACAUACUGAAGAUUUUCAAUCACAUUGGUUAACUAAUUCUAAUGAUUUAUUAAAAUGAUGGUUUGAUCAUAAACGAGUGAUUGGUUCAAAAAGAAAUCGUGCUGCAUCAUCAUUAUUUAACGUUCUAUAUCCCGUUAUUCCAUUUAAAGGUUAAAUAUUAUCACUAUUAUAUUCUUCUUGAAUCUAUUGUUUAUUUUUAUUUAGGAUGUAUUGAUCCAUCGGAACCAUUUCAAUGUCCUCAAAGUCAACAAUGUAUUGCUCUCCAAUUUAUUUGUGAUGGUCAUCCAGGUGAUUGUCCUGAUAAUCUUGAUGAAAAUGAAGAAAUAUGUAUUGCAGCUAAACGUCCAGCAAAGAAAAAUAUUGAAAAAUUUCUUCAUGCUGCAUAUACAUUUCUGUUUGGCGAAAAACUUUCGAGAAGUAUUGAUGAAAAUAAAAUAUUUUGGUUUCAUACAUUAGCAUCAGCAUUUUCUGUGUCGAAAAAUAUUCAUAGUUUUGCUGAAAAAACAUUUAUGUCAUUAGGUGAUCUAGCACAUUUUCGAAAUAUUUUUCAAUUAAUUCAUGAUGGUCGAUUAGAAGAUAUUCCUUUAUUUGCACAAGAAGCUGUUAAUCAAGGUCUUGCAGCCUUAGUUGAAAAGGUCUAUGACUCGGGAUUUAUGGAUUAA